AGAAAGAAGCUCUGGUUGAACCAGGGUUGACUUUUUACGACGCCGUUUACAGGCGUUGGUCAGGCCUUAUGCCGUCUAUCUAAAAUCGAUUGAUCUCCUGAGAAGGAACAGAAGAGAAGAGAAACAAAAAGAAGACUAUCGAAAAAGGAAAGGAAAAUGGCAGGAAGACUGAGCGGUGUGGCCUCACGAAUCAUGGGCGGAAACGGCGUCGUUGCCCGAUCUGGCGCCUCUUCUCUCCGCCAACGCGCCGGCAUGGGUCUCCCCGUCGGCAAACACAUCGUCCCCGACAAGCCGCUUUCGGUUAACGACGAGCUGAUGUGGGACAACGGGACUGCGUUCCCAGAGCCUUGCAUUGAUCGAAUCGCUGAUACUGUUGGGAAGUAUGAAGCAUUGGGAUGGUUGUGUGGCGGUCUAGGGUUCUUUGCGACUCUAGGUCUCCUCGCUGUUGUCAACGAUAAAGCUUCAAAGGUUCCCUUUACACCACGAGUGUAUCCGUAUGACAACCUGAGAGUGGAGCUUGGAGGAGAGCCAUAGAGACACUAUCAAGUGAUCUGCUCAUCUAAACUCUAAGCGUGUUUUCUUCACUGCUUUCUUCUUCAAAAUCUUUUCAUUUCCUGCUCAGAACUUGGUGACAAAAGAAUAAAUAGACCCUUUUCAUUGUCUGUUGUCUAUGUAAUUAACAGUGACCUUUUGGGUGUAUUCAUAAGAGAAGACAUGUACUUUUCAGUCAAUCUAAACUUGUGUUUGGUUGUGUA